AUGCCUCACCUGCCAGGCAACGUGGCUUGCAUGCAGCAGAGGUCGCUUGUGUCAGAAGCGAACUCUGACACCACUAGGAAGUUGACACAUCAACAUAUCAAAUUCGCUACUGCUCUGGACGAACUUGCCCUCGUGUCAGUUUGCCACAAGUUAAACUCCCUUGGUAAUCUCCUAAAGUUAAACCAGAUUGAUUUGUCAAGAAAUGAACUUGUGGGAAGAAUACCCACAAGUUUUGGCAAUUUUCAAAACCUGCUCUACAUGGAUUUAUCCAGCAACAAACUCAAUGGAAGCAUACCUAUGGAAAUCCUCAAUCUCCCUACUUUGAGCAAUGUUCUAAACUUGUCUAUGAACUUCUUGAGUGGACCAAUACCUCAAGUUGGGAAAUUGCCUAGCGUUGCCUCCGUUGACUUUUCUAAUAACCAAUUGUAUGAUGGCAUCCCCAGCUCAUUCAGCAAUUGUCUGAGCUUGGAAAAAUUGAUUUUGUCCCGGAAUCUUCUUUCAGGUCCCAUUCCAAAAACUCUUGGAGAUGUGAGAGGCUUGGAAACUUUGGACCUCUCUUCCAACCAACUCUCAGGAUCCAUUCCUAUUGAGCUUGAAAAUCUACGUGCCCUUAAGCUUUUAAACCUCUCUUACAAUGAUCUAGAAGGAGCUAUUCCUAGUGGUGGAAUUUUCCAAAAUCUCACUGCUGUCCAUGUAGAAGGCAAUAGAAAACUCUGCUCGCAUUCCUUAUGUGUGCCUCAUGGCCAUGGAAGAAGAAAUGUCCGACUUUACAUCAUCAUAGCCAUUGUGGUAGCGUUGAUACUAUGUCUCACAAUUGGCUUGCUACUAUACAUAAAGAAUGGAAAAGGGAAGGUAACAGCAGCACCAGCUUCUGAACUGCUAAAGCCUCAUGCUCUAAUGGUCUCUUAUGACGAGCUUCGUCUUGCAACUGAGGCGUUCAACCAAGAAAAUUUAAUAGGAAUUGGGAGCUUUGGUACAGUAUAUAGAGGCCAUUUAAGUCAUGGAAAUACUGUUGCAGUGAAAGUGCUUGACACUCUAAGAACUGGUUCUUUAAAGAGUUUCUUUGCAGAGUGCGAGGCUAUGAAGAACUCAAGGCAUAGAAAUCUUGUUAAGUUGAUCACAUCAUGCUCCAGUGUUGACUUUAAAAACAAUGAAUUUUUGGCUCUGGUCUAUGAGUACUUGUGUAAUGGGAGCUUGGAAGAUUGGAUUACGGGAAGGAGAAAGCAUGCAAAUGGAAAUGGGUUGAACCUUAUGGAGAGACUGAAUAUAGCUAUUGAUGCUGCUUGUGCAUUGGAUUACCUGCACAAUGAUAGUGAAAUUCCUAUUGUGCAUUGUGAUUUGAAGCCCAGCAACAUUCUCCUGGAUGAAGAUAUGACUGCAAAGGUUGGAGACUUUGGAUUGGCUAGGUUGCUGAUUCAAAGAUCAACUCAUCAAGUUUCCAUCAGCUCCACUCAUGCCCUUAGAGGUUCAAUUGGUUACAUACCUCCAGAGUAUGGAUGGGGAGAGAAACCAUCUGCAGCUGGAGAUGUAUAUAGUUUUGGGAUAGUGUUACUAGAACUCUUCUCUGGGAGAAGCCCAACUGAUGAAUGCUUCACAGGAGGACAAAGCAUAACAAGAUGGGUGCAAACAGCAUUCAAAGAUAAGACUGUGCAAGUCAUUGACCCUCAGCUGCUAUCCCUCAUUUUUCAUGAUGACCAUGCCAAUAGUUCCAAUCUACAACUCUCUUGUAUGGAAGCAAUUGUAGGAGUUGGCCUUUCAUGCACUGCAGACAAUCCAAAUGAACGCAUUGGCAUUAGAGAUGCUCUUCGCCAACUAAUAGCUGCUAGAGACUCUCUUUUGAAACUCUGAAUUAUUAAGAAGAGUCCUACUAAUCCUACCAAGCGUAACUUUCAACUUUCAAUAAAAUGAAUUGUAUCCAGAGUGAAGGUUGGCACCGUAUGAUCUCUGCUGCUAUGCUUAGUUGAAAUAUGACCAAAGAAUAUAUAAUAUAUAAUACUACUGUUACUGUAGAUCAAAGUGAUACUCUUGUAGACCACAAACUUUGAAUAGUGUAUUAAUAGAUUAUCAGCCAUGUCAUCUGUGGAUCUGUGAUAAAACUCAUGUAUUGCCAUAAAGAAGGAUGGUGGAC